CCGCGGCUCCGCGGCCUCGGACUCUCGGCCAGGCUGUUUCUCUGAUGGCGUCGGGCAUGGAUCCCGGUGGCGGCUCAGACGUUCCAGGAGCCUUCGUGUUGAGCAACCUGGCGGAGGUGGUGGAGCGCGUUCUCGCCUUCCUGCCCGCCAAGGCGCUGCUGCGCGCUGCCAGCGUGAGCCGGCUCUGGAGCGCGUGCGCGCGCCGCGUGCUGCGGGGCCAGCGCACCGUGGCCUGGGUGUCCGUGGGCCGGGCCGACGCCCUCCCCGACGCUGCCCCGGACGGGCACAGACUGCUGCGCGCCGUCGCCGAGGAGCUCGAGAAUAUUCACAUCUUACCAAGGACGGUUCUGUAUAUGGCCGAUUCUGAAACGUUUGUUAGUCAGCAGCAGCAUCGGGGCCACGUGAAGGUAAGGAAAAGAAUGAGUAUGGAAACAGCAGCUGCCCUCGAGAAGCUGUUCCCGAAACAGUGCCAAGUCCUCGGGAUUGUGACCCCAGGGAUUGUUGUGACUCCAAUGGGAUCAGGUAGCAAUCAACCUCAAGAAAUAGAAAUUGGAGAAUCUGGUUUUGCUCUGUUAUUUCCUCAAAUUGAAGGAAUAAAAAUACAGCCAUUUCAUUUUAUUAAGCAGUCAAAGAAGUUAACACUAGAAAAACAUGAGCUUACUGAAGUGGGUCUUCUAGAUAACCCAGAACUUCGUGUAGUACUUGUAUUUGGCUAUAAUUGCUGUAAGGUGGGAGCCAGCAGUUACCUGCAGCGUGUGGUCAGCACUUUCAGUGACAUGAACAUCAUCUUGGCUGGAGGCCAGGUGGACAGUUUGUCAUCGCUGACCUCUGACAAGAGUCCUCUAGAUAUCAAUGCCACCGGUGUGGUUGGAUUGUCCUUCAGUGGGCUGCACAUCCAGAGUGCCACGGUGCUCCUUACCGAGGAUGUUGGUGAUGAGAAGGCUGUGGAGGCGGCCAUGCAGCGUCUCAAGGCGGCCAACAUCCCAGAGCAGGACACUAUCGGCUUCAUGUUUGCGUGUGUUGGCCGGGGCUUCCACUAUUACCAAGACAAGACCAAUGUUGAGGCGGAUGCAUUCAGAAAGUUCUUUCCCAGUGUGCCUUUAUUUGGCUUCUUUGGAAAUGGAGAAAUUGGAUGUGACCGGAUAGUCACGGGGAACUUUAUAUUGAGGAAGUGUAACGAGGUAAAGGAUGAGGAUCUGUUCCACAGCUAUACAACCAUAAUGGCGCUUAUUCACCUUGGGUCCUCUAAAUAAAGCAGCUUUCACAGGAUAUAACUGUUGGUUCUGGCUCUUCCAGAAAAUGGAACCUUGGGAUAUUAUCUGUGUCUAUUUUCCAGCUUUGAUGAUCUGAGAUCACACUGAGGUAACUUUUAACAUACUACAUGAAGCAUAAUUUUAUACACAACAUAAAACCAAGAAUUCUGCAUCAAUAACAAGCAAAUCUCAAUGAUUGUGUUGCACAAGGUUAUGUAGCUGAUAUAAGGUAACUUUAAAUAGUGGCAGCUGGAGUAUUAGACUUUCCACAUCUGCCUCUUCAUAUUGGUAGGUGACCUGUUAAAAUCAUGACUUUAUAGAAGAAUAUAAAAGAGAAAAGACAUAGAUAGCUGCAAGAUUUUUGUCUACUGUAUUUCAUUUUUUCCAGGUAUUUUCAGAAGUUGUAAUGAUAUUAUUGAUCUUUUUACUUAUUUGACAAAACUUAAGAGCUAUUUUUGUAUUGGUAUGCAAAUAAAUUGUCAAGACUAAUUAGAUUUUAUAAGUAAGGCAUUUUCUUUUUUUUCUCUCAAUUACAAUGGAGUGUUGGUGUGUGUGUGGUUUUUUUUUUUUUUUCCCUUCCUGUAGCUCUAUAGAGCUAACUGGCAUACUAAAAAAUUAUAUUACCUUAUUUUGGUUUAUGCCAAUAAAACAUGCCAUGGUAGUUCAUAUGGCAUUUUGCAUUUAAUUGAUUUUGGUAAAUACAUGAAGGAUACAAACUCCUUUGUAGAUGAAACCCAGAGUGGUAGGUAUUAGCUCUGCAGCCCUGUCUCAUGAAAUGAUGAAAAGUUUGAAUUUCUAUUUACAUAACUAUUUAGACAAGAAGUAUACAGAAAGAACCAGUUUUCCUCAAUAUCCCGUCUUGCCAUUUUCAUAUGGUCAUGGAACUUCUCACUACUAGUUAGGCACAUGUCCCUCAGGACAAAGAUCGACCACAUUUUUCAGUGUCCUUUACACGUGGCAUGACCAUUUUUGGCCUACUCUCCACCCUGUUGCUUGGUGUGGAGCUGGGUGUACACAGCCUCGGUGAUCCAGAGGUUGGGUGAGACCCACAGAGGACACGGGUCCCUGCACCUCUUUGGGAGCCCCUGCACAGUGGUAGUGUCUUGCCUUUUUUGGCUGCCUUUUUCUUUCAGGUCUUUGUUGCAGAAUAUUUUUAGAUGAUGGUGACUGAUGUUCAGCACUUUUAAAAUGGCCAGCUUGUUCACAGAACAGUAAAAAACUCAAAAGGUAAGUGAAAUCAAAUAUAUUAACGUUGUUUUUCUACUUUUUAAUCACUUCUCUCCCAUGUUUUUGUUUUUUGGAGACAGGGUCUCUAGUCCAGGCUGACCUCAAAUUCUUCAAUCCUCCUCUGAUUCAGCUUUCAGAUUGCCUGGCUCGCCUCACUUUGACUUUUAGAGUUUUGUCUUGCUCUGUGUACAUAUACAGAGGUUGUGUUUUUUUUAUAGGUAAGUAUUAGUGCCUGAAGACAGUUCAGAGAUAAAUUUGACUGAGAACUUUUCAUCUAUAUCUGUUUAGCCAUUUUUGUUUCACUAUUAAUUUUUCUACCUGACAUCAGUAUCCAUUAUUAGCGGAUCAAAAUUCCAGUCCUUGGGUAUCUUUACAUAGCAUGUAGGGAAAAUAUUUUGUGAAUUUAUUUUCAUCCUUCAUAUUAACCAAAGUUGGUUAGAUAAUAGAGUCAAAGAGAUUUUUAAAAAUUUAAAAACUGUCUUAAAAUAUUCAUGAAAAGUUUCCUUUUAAAAGAGAGUUUUCCUACUAUACUCAAUUCCUUGUAGGUGAGGCUUUAGUUCUUGUUAUUUAUAGAUAACAAAACCAUAGUGCAAAGUAGAAAGGGAAGGAGUUGGCCCAGUAGAAACCCACUGUAGUGCUGAUAGGAAGUUAUCCUUCCUGCCUCCCAAGAGACCUCCUGAUUAUAUGGGAGGAAUUUUAACCAGUUAAAGCACUAUAAUUGGUACGUUAUUUUGAAAGGCUUGCCAUUGCAAAAGUAAAUAUUAGAGAAUAAUGGUUAUAGCUCAAUCGAUACUCCUAGAGAUGACAACCAUUGUAGUUAAUGUUUGAAAAACUGAGAUGAGCACAAAUAAAGGUUAACCCUAUUUUCACAUCCUGAACUAUCCUACUGUAAAGUGAAGAGCAGAUGAAACAGUUUAUCUAAUCAAGUCAUUAAAGAAUAUUGAUUUCUGUUUUCCAAGUGAAACCAUUUCUAAGACUAUAGUGCUUUAUAAUUUUGAUUCAAGUAGAAAUCUGAGGACAAGGGACUGUAAAUGUUGGAAUUACAAGCUACAAUUAGAAAAUACAGUAAAUGUUUACAUUUAAAAAACAUUAAAGGCAUUGCCAUUAAUCCACCUCAAAAUAUUCUUCCUCACUUUGAACACUUAUCCUAUUGUUACUGCCACAUUUGAUGCAAUUCUGGAAGUCAUCUAAGUCAUCUUGUGAGUGUCACGGCUUCCUUACUGUCCUGAACUGAUUCAAAACAUUUUUUAUUACUUACUUAUUUUGAGAUGGUCCCGUUAUGUAGUCCAGGCUGGCCUCACUUUUGGUUAUCCUCCUGCAUCAGCCACUGAAGAGCUGAGAACCUGGUUCUCACGGCUAUUUUGACUUUGGGGAAGAACCAUUGGUCCCAUGGUGCUAGUUCCAGUAAAUAAGGUAGAUGUAAAUAUAGUGUCAUGUUUUUAAAACCUGUCUAUCCAUUGGAUGGCAUUUCAAAUACACACUGUGUUUUUGGUGUUACCUUAUAAUGAAAGAGGACUCCUCUAGACCUGCUUUGGAGAGUGGCAAGAACACUGGAAUAGGUGUUCCAAGUGAGAAAGUAUUUUGAGGAGGAAUAGUAGCAAUAUGGCUUUUAUUGUAAUACUUUUUAAAAAUUUAAACACUAUUGUCACCCCUUAUAAAACCUAGAAUAGCUGAUGUAUGCAUGCUUGUAAUCCCAACUACUUAGGCUGAGCAAGAGGAUUUUGAGUUCAAGGCCAUCUCAGAAAGGGCUGGGGAUGCAGCUUAGUGGUAAGAGUGCUUGCCUAGCAUGAGUGAGGCACCUGGUUUGAUUUUCAGUACCAAAACGGACAAAAUCCACCAAAAAUCCCUAGAAACAAAUACCUCUUGCAAAGUGCUAUAAUGAGAGGUGAGGGCCAAUAGGUCCAAUAGGUUGCUUCACUAUGAAAGUUUUGUUUUCCUUAAAUAUGGUUCAUUUCCUAUGGUUCAUAUCCACUUAAGUGUCCAGAUCUGCCACUGAUGUACACUGCAAACGUAAGAAAAUGAACAUGUAAAAAACUACAGGAGAAGCUCACACAACCAAUUUCUGUGCAAUCUGGAGACGUUUUCGAGAAAAAGCACUAUGAUUUUUAUACUCUUCAAAAUACGAUCCAUAGGUUGAGUUUUAAUGGGAACAGAAGACUUUAAAUUCUUUCCAUGGGAAAUCAUGCGAUGUCAGGAGAUAAACUUGAUUUUCAGUUUAGGUGGAUUAAUGCUAAAAUAAAGAAAAUACAGUUAGAUUCUGUAAUAAUGGUCUUGGUUGCAUGGACAAAACUAAUAACUGUACUAUGUAAAGAACAUGUUACUAGAGAGCUCAUCUCAUGCCAGUCUCAUAUCUAGGGAUCAGUAGUCAGAUACUUGUAAGCCAUGGUUUUGUGCUGUGUAUAUUGCAUUUCCGCUUUGUUCCGUACUUGAAGACAGGUCCCCAGAACAUGCAGCGCUACAAAGUAGGAAGCACUGACAAAAGUCAGCACAUGUCAUUUAAUGUUUUAAUUUUGUAAACACCUUUAUAAAAGGUUUUAUUCUGUAGUGGCUCAUCACAACCAGCAAAAGGGCAAGAUUGAUUAAUGCUGCUUUAUUUAUACAUUUGGUACUAGGAAUCAAACUUAGGACCUUGUGUUUGCCAGGUUUUAACAUGUGAAUUAUGAGGUUGAGAAUUAGGAGAGCUUUCUCGGCAUUUUUCCACUUCUGACUAACCAAAAGUUGCAUACUGUGUUCCAAGUCUUCUUGUGAUACCACAUACAGAUGGGAAUAAAACAUAAUUGACCUUGAGGACCACCGUUCAUGGUAAUUUCUAUCAGAAUAGCCAAGUGUGCCCAAAAAAGAACAAUGGAAAAAAAA